AUGGAGUUUCCUACCCUGUCUGCGGCUGAUUUAGCCGACCUGUAUUCUGUGAUCCCUUUCAUUGCCACAUUGCCUGAGGAUUCUACAGGGCUGCCAUCAAGAGGCAAUGACACCGAGAAGGGUUCUUCGAAGGACACCACAAGUAUUAAAAUCGCAGUAUCUAUAACUGCUCUCUACUCUAUUAUAUGCAUUGUUGGACUGCUUGGAAACAUUCUCGUUAUGUAUGGAGUGGUGAGAUACACCAAAAUGAAGACAGCCACUAACAUCUACAUCUUCAACUUGGCCCUGGCCGAUGCUUUGGCUACCAGCACUCUGCCCUUCCAGAGUGCCAAGUACCUGAUGAACACCUGGCCCUUCGGCGAGUUCCUGUGUAAAGUGAUCCUCGCCAUUGACUACUACAACAUGUUCACCAGUAUCUUCACCCUGACCAUGAUGAGCGUGGACCGCUACAUCGCUGUGUGCCACCCGGUCAGGGCCCUGGACUUUAGAACACCUGCCAAGGCCAAGAUGAUCAACGUGUGCAUCUGGAUCCUCUCCUCUGCCAUAGGAGUGCCCAUCAUGGUCAUGGCGGUUACCAAGGUGACAGACAAAGGCAAUACAGGCUGCAUGCUACAGUUUCCUCAGCCAGACUGGUACUGGGACACGGUGACUAAGAUUUGCGUGUUCAUAUUUGCCUUCGUGGUGCCAACCCUGGUCAUCACCAUCUGCUACGGCCUGAUGAUUCUCCGCCUGAAGAAUGUCCGGCUGCUCUCCGGUUCAAAGGAGAAAGAUAGGAAUAUGCGGCGCAUUACCCACAUGGUCCUGGUGGUGGUGGCGGUCUUCAUAAUUUGCUGGACGCCCAUCCACAUCUUUAUCAUCCUCAGGACCAUGGUGCAGAUCAACAGCACGAACCCCUAUGUGAUCGCCAGCUGGCACCUGUGCAUCGCGCUGGGCUACAUGAACAGCAGCCUCAACCCCCUGCUCUAUGCCUUCCUGGACGCGAACUUCAAGAGGUGCUUUAGGGAUUUCUGCCUGCCUUUCCGCCCCAACAUGGACCAGAGCAGCUUCUCCAGAGCCCACAACUCCACGCGAGAGCCCACCACCGUGUGUCCCCCGAGAGUGUUGGUGAGGAAGCCUGUAUGACUAGGCAUGGAGCAGUGUCCUGGAGACUCCCGCUCACGGACAGUCCAGGCCGACUUACAGACUGAUGUCACACAGUUCUCCACAGAUUUCUGACAGUAGCUCUGGCUUUAGACCUACAGCACAAAACCCACUGCAACAUUUGCAUAGAGUGUGAUGUCACAUUUUUUGGCCCAUCCAGACAAAAACUAGAUUUACUCUUCCUCUAACCUAACAUAGCAGGCAUAAAUUCCCCCAUCUAGGUUUCAGUGGAAAGGAAUCUACAGUGGCUUGCGAAAGUAUUCAUCCCCCUUGGCAUUUUUCCUGUUUUUUUGCCUUACAACCUGGAAUUAAAAUAGAUUUUUGUGGGGGUUGUAUCAUUUGAUUUACACAACAUGCCUACCACUUUGAAGAUGCAAAAUAUGUGUUAUUGUGAAACAAACUAGAAGUAAGACAAAAAAACAGAACUUGAGCGUACAUAACUAUUCACCCUCACAAAGUCGAUACUUUGUAGAGCGACCUUUUGCAGCAAUUACAGCUGCAAGUCUCUUUGGGUAUGUCUCUAUAAGCUUGGCACAUCUAGCCACUGGUAUUUUCCCCCAUUCUUCAAGGCAAAACUGCUACAGCUCCUUCAAGUUGGAUAGUUUCCGCUGGUGUACAGCAAUCUUUAAGUCAUACCACAGAUUCUAAAUUAGAUUGAGGUCUGGGCUUUGACUAGGCCAUUCUAAGACAUUUAAAUGUUUCCCCUUAAACCACUCAAGUGUUGCUUUAGCAGUAUGCUUAGGGUCAUUGUCCUGCUGGAAGGUGAACCUCCGUCCCAGUCGCAAAAAAACAGAAACAGGUUUCCCUCAAGAACUUCCCUGUAUUUAGCGCCAUCCGUCAUUCCUUCAAUUCUGACCAGUUUCCCAAUCCCUGCCGAUGAAAAACAUCCCCACAGCAUGAGGCUGCUACCACCAUGCUGGAGUUCUCGAGGUGAUGAGAGGUGUUGGGUUUGCGCCAGACAUAGUGUUUUCCUUGAUGGCCAAAAAGCUCAAUUUAUGUUUGGGGAGUCUCCCACAUGCCUUUUGGCGAACACCAAACAUGUUUGCUUAUUUUUUUCUUCAAGCAAUGGCUUUUUUUCUGGCCACUCUUCCAUUUUUUUUUUACCUUUAUUUAACCAGGCAAGUCAGUUAAGAACAAAUUAUUAUUUUCAAUGACGGCCUAGGAACAGUGGGUUAACUGCCUGUUCAGGGGCAGGAACGACAGAUUUGUACCUUGUCAGCUCGGGGGUUUGAACUUGCAACCUUCCGGUUACUAGUCCAACGCUCUAACCGCUAGGCUAACCUGCCGCCUCCAUAAGCCCAGCUCUGUGGAGUGAACGGCUUAAAGUGGUCCUAUGGCCAGAUACUCCAAUCUCCGCUAUGGAGCUUGCAGCUCCUUUCAGGAUUAUCUUUGGUCUCUUUGUUGCCUCUGAAAAAUGCCCUCCUUGCCUGGUUUGUGAGUUUUGGUGGGCGGCCCUCUCUUGGCAGGUUUGUUGUGGUGCCAUAUUCUUUCCAUUUAUUAAGAAUGGAUUUAAUGGUGCUCCAUGGGAUGUUCAAAGUUUCAUAUAUUUUUUUAUAACCCAGCCCUGAUCUGUACUUCUCCACAAUGUUAUCCCUGACCUGUUUGGAGAGCUCCUUGGUCUUUAUGGUGCCGCUUGCUUGGUGGUGCCGCUUGCUUAGUGGUGUUGCAGACCUCGGGGCCUUUCAGAACAGGUGUGUGUAUAUAAAUACUGAGAUCAUGUAACACUUAGAUUGCACACAGGUGGACUUUAUUUAACUAAUUAUGUGACUUCUCAAGGUAAUUGGUUGCACCAGAUCUUAUUUAGGGGGUUUCAUAGUAAAGGGGGCGAAUACAUAUGCACGCACCAUUUUUCAGUUUUUUAUUUUUUUGAAUUUUUUGAAACAAGUAAUUUUUUUCAUUUCACUUUACCAAUUUGGACUAUUUUCUGUAUGUCCAUUGCCAUAAAUCCAAAUAGAAUUCCAUUUAAAUUACAGGUUGUAAUGCAACAAAAUAGGAAAAAUGCCAAGGGGGAUGAAUACUUUUGCAAGGCACUGUAAAGUUGAAAUAGCUGUAUCCCUAAAAACCAGAUUACAUCCAGUUGUUGCAUCGGCCAGGGCCAAAAAUCUGUCAUUCUGCCCCUGAGCAAGGCAGUUAACCAACUGUUUCCCGGGUGCCGAAGACAUGGAUGUUAAUUAAUGGUGAUUCAGAGGGGUUGGGUUGAAUGCGGAAGACACAUUUCAGUUGAAGGCAUUCAGUUGUACAACUGACUAGAUAUCUCCCUUUCCCUGGUGUUGUUGCAUAAUGACCAAUACGCUACCCCUCAUUGGGCACAGACAUCAGUUCAAUCCCUGGUGUAGCAUACCUCCUGAGGUCGGGCCCCCCAGAUAGCAUUUGAACACUUCAUAAGCCAUGAUUUUAUUCAUUUUUUAUUACAGGAAAUUAGCUUAAAACUGCAAAGUGUUCUCUGCCGAUAAUGGAUAUUAACUGAAAAAUGAUCGUAUGUAGUUACUUGCAAUAGCCCUCUGUGACUUUAAAGAAUAUUUAUCUCAAAAAUGUGCUUUCUGAAUGAUGUGUCCAGAGAUGUGGUUAACUUCAUCAGAUUUGUCAAAAUCCUAAAUUAAUCAGGAAUGAGCAUGGUCAGCUAAACCAUAUUCAUGUCCUCAUUACUAGUGCAACAAAACCACUCAUGGUCUGUAAAGUUCUCUACUUUUUAUAGAUUUAACAAACAAUAUUGGAAUCACCAUGGUCACAAUCAUAAACUGUCAACUCCAUCUGCCUGAUAGAUUAAAAUAUGACAUGAAUUUUUGUUUAAAUAUGUUACAUGCAAUUGGGUUUUAGAGACGAAGCAACUGAGGAAAAACUAAAUUGCUGCUGUGUAUACCACUUGAAUGAAGAAGAAAAAUGUAAUCUUUGUAAAACAUCAACUCUGUCAGAUUGCUGAAAGAUCUGAUAGAAUGAGUAUGUUUGUAUUGGGGAUUUUCAAAUGAAUCAUUUUCCAUAGCUUACAAAUGUUUGUAUUUUACUUUUAGAGUCAAAAAUUUCUGUUUUUGAGAAUCUGUUGUCAACUCCGUCAUUGGCUUGUCAUCUCUGUCACUGAUGGCUAAGCCCCUUUAAGAUCAAUAUUUUUGUCAA